CACCUAAGUAACGCUUGAAGCACCACAGCAGCUCUUUACUUUCUUCUUCAUAUUGCAAACAGCUCUCUUCUAACAAUGGCUAUGGCGACGGUGAUGGUGGUGCUCGGACUGUUGGCUAUGGCGGUACAACCGUCCAUGCAACAGAUACUGAAAAAACCAGGAUCUGCCUUCAAGAUCCAUUCAGAAACACCAGCUUAUGGACUUAUUGCAAGUUCCAGCAACACUGAGGCGGCCCUUGACAAGUCUGGCAUUUUCACUGUUGAAUCUCAUGUUGAUAUUGAAGGAAGAAGAUUCGUUAUGGGCAAGAUUUUGGAUUGGCCUGUUGUCUAUGUGAACACUGCAAAUCGACCAGCGGUUCACGCAGGCAUUACUACUCAUAUUAUGGCUAGCAACUUCAAUCUUCGAGGUAUUAUUGUUAUGGGAAGUGCCGGUGGCGUUAACAACUCUUUGAACAUCGGUGAUGUUGUUAUUCCUGGAAGAAUUGCCAACACUGGAAUUUGGACUUGGAAGAGAUAUGGGGCAACAUCAAAUGGCCAACUCGUCUUUGGAAGAUUCAAUACUCCAGAAAAUGGAGAAAACUUGUUGGGAAGUGUUGAAUUUGGUUCCUCUGAGGUAUAUGAAAAUGGAGAAUUGGCUAAAAGCAGAUUUUGGAUUGUUCCUGAUGCACGAUACCUGAUGGUUGCCAGUAACAUUGAGUUCGCAGAGACAUCAGAGAACUGUCUACACCCAAGAAAAUUAGGUUGCCUUGCUGCAAAGAACAAGGUUGUGACUGGACUGAGGGCUUCAAGUUCUGAUGUCUACGUUCAGAACAACGCAUAUAGAGAGUUCUUAUGGCACACUUUCCAUGUCUCAACCGUAGACACCACCAGCCACGCUGUCGCAUUGGGAGCUAUGUCGAGCAACUUGAGGUUCAUAUCGUUCCGGGGAGUGUCGAACACCGCAGGAGCUUCAGAAGAGAGCAACAGUGCAUUGGCAAACGCAAAUCUUGUGAAAGCAGUUUUCCGCUUCAUCUAUCUGGAUAACAAGCUCCGUUAUGAUGAAGAGUGAAAGACUCUGUGCAUGUUUGUGUCUAAUUAACUAGUACUAAUGUAUUAUAUCCUUGAGUUGCUGUUAAUGAGGAAGCCGGAAUGUAUGUACUCAAAAUGGAGUGUCUGUACUUUAAUGCUCCUUUACCAUAAAUAAAUUUGAGUCUUUUAUGUACUUAAUGCUCCUUCGGCAUAAAUAAAAUGAGUCUUUUAUCUAUUUUUA